AUGAAUGAUACAUUCCAUGACAAAAUUUCACUCACAGGGGGCAUUGAAGCUAAAAUGAUAGAAAUUCUUGCAAAUACGUUGAAGUUUAAAUAUGAAUUGGUUACACCCAAAGAUGGCCAAUGGGGGAAAAUGCAAGAAAAUGGAUCGUGGACUGGAUUGAUUGGAAUGGUUAGCCGAAAUGAAUCUGACCUUGCUUUAGCAUACAUAACCGCUACUGAACAACGAAAAUCUGCUGUAGACUUCAUUACUUACACUACAGAAGAAACGACCUUUCUAACAAAUGCUUUACAGUUUCCAACAUUGUCUAUGUCUUCGUACCUGUACCCGUUUGACGUCAAUAUUUGGGGUCCUUGUAUAGCUGCUUUCAUCAUAAUGGCUGUGGUGAGCAGAUUUACAAUGAAAAAGCAUAUAACAUUCACAAAUUUAAUUUUCAGUAUAUUAGGCUGCUUUUUCAAGCAAGGGAUCACUUUAAAGAUAAAAACGUUACCGCAAGUUUUCCUUUUUGGAAGCUGGUUGUUAUUCACCAUGAUCAUAUCCUCUCUUUAUAUUGCGAUACUUCCGUCAGUUUUAACUGCUCCUACCUAUGAUCAUGGAAUAGAUACCAUUCAGGAACUUUCUGAUGCAAUAAAGAAAGGUAGUUUUAAAUGUUACACCAGCAGCGGAUCUUCAGAUACUGAAUUUUUAUUGGGAAGCAAAGAUAGACGAUUACGAAUGAUUGGAAAGAAAAUAGUGAAGAAUCAUUGGGAAUUUGAAUCCGAAGGAGGUGUUUUACCCAAGGAUCUAGAUGAAGCAAGCGCUGUCAUUGGUCCAAGAGCUCUUUUCGAACUUAAAUUCAGAGGCAACAGGCAGAAACGUAUAUUUAAAGAAUCCAUUGCAGUUUGGAAUGUCGGAAUAGCAGUGAAUAAGAAGUUUUAUUACAAGCAACGGUUAAUGUCAGUUGUAAAUCGAAUCAUAGCCGCAGGAAUUUACCGAAAGUUAUUCCAUGAUGAAAUAUUCAACAUACAAAUUAGAGCAGACAUAAAUGAGACAUCCACAAGCCGUUCCCGUGCGCUUAGCAUACGAAAUCUCUCCGGAGCAUUCAUUUUACUUGGAAUCAAUUAUGCUGCCUCGUUUACAGUUUUAUUCCUUGAAAAUGUUAAAUAUUUCAUUUUGGAUAAAGAUCCGAGUUGGAGAAUGAAUAAUUGUAUUCCUGAUUCAACAAUGGGCCCACCAGCAGCCGAGCGGCAAACUGAUUUUUCACUUAAAGUUGAUCAACGUUCUGGCCGACCUUUUGAAGUUAAUGAUGAUAAAAGCCAUAUAUCUGUGCAAGAAAUUGAAAAAGGUUAA